AUGGAGACACCUGAAUUUGGAAAAAAAGACGAGAUCUCCUGCACCUACUGCGUCCAGUCUCCGGUGCCCGCUACUAGAACAUGUCUGCACUGUGAAGCUUCUCUGUGUGAAGAACAUGUAAAGGUCCACAGUAAGUCUACAGAACAUAUCUUGGUAGAACCCACCACUUCCAUCAAGGAUAUGAAGUGUUCUAUCCACAAUAAAGUCAUUGAGUUCUGCUGCUCCAAGGACGGAGCCUGUAUCUGUGUGUCAUGUUGUAUCAUCGGAGAACAUCGAGGUCACAAGGUGGACCCACUCAAGGAGGCCUUCGAGAAGAGAAAAGCAAGUUUUAAAGAUUCCUUGGAUAACUUGGCUUUGGAGAGAGAAGAGAAUGAGAAAAAACUUGAGAGACUGUUAGAGAAACGGGACAACAUGCAAGGGACGGCAACAGGGGUGACAGAAAGGGUGGCUGCCCUUUUUCGAGACAUGAGUGAACAGCUAGAGGCCCUUCAGGCCAGGGCAAUGACUGAGGUCUCAAGGCAGGAGCAACAAGUCAUGGUCCGGGUCAACGGUUUGAUUGAACAACUGGAGAAGAAGAAGGAUGAACUCUCAAAAAAGAUGAACCACCUCGAGGAGCUGCGUAAUGUCACCAACCCGCUAACAGUGCUGAGGGGAACAUCUCAUGAACAGAUAAAGUGUAGGAACUCUCAAAAAACCAACGAAAGUGACAAUGAUAUCCAAGUAUCUAGCAGUGUAGACGAGGGCCCCGUCUCCCUUAUCCUACACAUAGGGCUCCUAAACUUUGCCGAGAAUCUGCAGGACCUCAAAGCCUUACGACAAUUUACAGGAAUAAAAAAGGCCGACGUUACAUUCGAUGUGAACACGGCUCAACAUAAAAUCCUCGUUUCAAGUGACCUGAAGUUGGCUUCGCACUCCACGACAUCUCAAAAGUACCCAGAAACCCCUGAGAGGUUUAAGUCGUGUCAAGUCUUGAGCACCAAUGAAUUCACCGCUGGUCAACACUACUGGGAGGUGGAUGUGAGCAAAGCCAAGAGGUGGAUCAUUGGGGUGGCCCUCAAGAGCAUCGAGAGGAAGAUCGCCGGUAACGAGUCUUUUCUCGGGUACAACAAGAAGUCUUGGACCUUAUUUUACCAAAAAUUUCUCGGAGUCUCUCACAACAACGUACAGAACACAGUGGUCUCCGAUUCAACCGUGCAAGGAGUUGGGAUCUACCUUGACUAUGACGCCGGGUACCUGUCCUUCUAUCAGCUGAACCCUAGCAGACACUUGCAUACCUUCACCGCCACCUUCGAUGAGCCCCUCCACGCCGCCUUCUACAUAUUUGACGACAGCUGCAUUAAAAUUAUAUCUUAG